AAGUCAACCGACCUCCUUCAGUAGAUAACUACGAGGUCCAUCGGCUCAUCGUUCAUCAUCUUCUUGACUUUCUGAUCGAGUCAAAGGCAGACUGAUCCUGCUUCGCUCAUAGAUCCUUCCUCUUUGUACUGUUCCAGGCGGAACAAGUCGAUCCUCGCUCUAGGUUCCCGAACUACUACCGCCCUUUCGGAUUCUGAACCAUCCCGAGUGGUUUUUCUCUAUAUAUCGUGUUUACCCUAGCUGGAUGGCCUUGAAGUGACCUCGAACACGGCUUGACUGCCGUUAAUAAUGUACUGAUGAUUCUAUUAUCUACUUCUUCCUUAGUAUCUUAGCCCAAGAUGAUGACCUCCAAUAUCUUAUCGCGUUUCCUCCCUCCCAACGGCUCCCCGUCAGUGUACGAGACAAUCCGACAACAUGACAAUCAUUCGGACGGCUCGGACGUGGAGGAACGUGCAGGAAUGGCGUUUGACGAUGAACAUGGGGACCGAUUCAGCGACCGUGAGCUGGAAGAUGCUCUAGCAGAUGCUGGGAGGGAUGACUCCCCCGGUCCCAGCGAUCCAUUUCUCCCCCGAAGCCCACCAAGGAAAAGGGACGAGGAGGGCUUCCUCAAGGCCGGUUCUCGUCGCCGCAAGUUUAGCCGCCCUGGUCGGAUACACGCAGCUUCACCGCGCCACAAGUUCGAUGAUAGUGAUGAUGAUGUUCCUCCCUCCCUCCUCGUGGAAGGAGACCAAGAUGACGAUGAUGUUCUGAAAUCGAAGCUCCCACCUCCUCCCCGUUCGAAUGACCCCCCGAAUCUUGAUCAUCAGCCCAGAUCACCGCCUCGAGACGACCGAGUCCACUGGGAAACCGCCCGCGAACGAUUACCGCUACAUGACAACAAUAGGAGGGCCCAUCAUGCAAGUCUAUGGUCAGCGGGAUAUCCAAACUUAGCACUGGUAGAUCCUAAAGAGAAGGCACUGUGGAUGUGGGCAAACGUGGAAAACCUGGAUAACUUCUUGAAGGAAGUCUACACAUACUUUCUUGGAAACGGUAUUUGGUCGAUUCUGUUGAACAGGGUUUUGAGUCUCUUGACCUUUGCAUUCGUCGUAGGGUUCAGCAUAUUCCUCACUAACUGCAUUGACUACCACAAGGUACGCGGGAGUCGAACUCUGGACGACAUUCUGAUCCAGAAGUGUACAAAGCAAAUGUCCAUGUCCGCUACCUUCUUAUUAUGGCUGCUUUCGUUCUUCUGGAUUGGCAAGGCCUUUCAGUACUUGCUAGAUAUCCGAAGACUGAAGCACAUGCAUGACUUCUAUCACUACUUGCUUGGAAUAUCAGAUGCUGAAAUUCAAUCAAUAUCCUGGCAAGAGGUCGUCAGCCGAUUGAUGACUCUGAGGGACUCCAACCCUGCGACUGCGGGUGCGGUCUCUGCGAAGAACCGCAAGUUCAUGGGGAGUCAAUCAAAGCAGCGCAUGGAUGCUCACGAUAUCGCGAACCGACUGAUGCGCAAAGAAAACUAUCUGAUUGCCUUGAUAAAUAAAGAUAUACUAGAUCUGACGCUUCCGAUACCGUUCCUGCGGAACAGGCAACUGUUCUCGCGGACGCUUGAAUGGAACAUCAACCUCUGCAUCAUGGAUUAUGUUUUCAACGAGCAGGGUCAAGUGCGGACGUUGUUCUUGAAAGACACUCAUCGACGGGCCCUGAGUGAAGGGCUGCGACGGCGUUUCAUGUUCGCAGGCAUCAUGAAUAUCUUCGUAGCCCCCUUCAUUGUCGUCUAUUUUAUGAUGCACUAUUUCUUCCGCUAUUUCAACGAAUACAAGAAGAAUCCAUCGCAGAUCGGAUCCCGACAAUACACGCCACUGGCCGAAUGGAAGUUCCGUGAGUUCAACGAGCUAUGGCACUUGUUUGAACGACGUGUCAAUAUGUCUUACCCUUUCGCGAGCCGCUAUGUGGAUCAGUUCCCCAAAGACAAGAUGGUGCAAUUUGCGGGUUUCGUGGCGUUCGUCUCUGGGGCACUGGCCUCGGUAUUGGCAUUGGCUUCCGUUGUGGACCCGGAGCUAUUUCUGGGGUUCGAGAUCACUCACGACCGGACCGUGCUUUUCUACUUGGGUGUCUUUGGCUCUAUCUGGGCUGUCGCGCAGGGCUUGGUUCCGGAAGAGACCAAUGUGUUUGAUCCGGAGUACGCGCUCCUUGAAGUCAUCAACUUCACUCACUACUUCCCAAGCCACUGGAAGGGCCGGCUGCAUAGUGACGAUGUCCGGAAGGACUUUGCCGUGCUGUAUCAGAUGAAGAUCGUCAUCUUCCUGGAGGAGAUCCUAAGUAUGAUCUUCACACCGUUCAUCCUCUGGUUCAGUCUGCCCAAGUGCAGUGACCGUCUCAUUGACUUCUUCCGAGAAUUCACCGUCCACGUCGAUGGGAUGGGAUACCUGUGCUCCUUUGCGGUCUUCGACUUCAAGAAGGGCACCAACGUGAUCUCGCAAGGGGACACGGGUCGGCGGGAUGCUGCCCGGCAGGACCUUCGGGCGGACUACUUCUCGACCAAGGAUGGCAAAAUGCUUGCAUCUUAUUACGGGUUCUUGGACAACUAUGGUGCUAAUCCGCGCGGAGCUCAUCCGUCAACGAAGCGACAAUUCCACCCUCCACCCACAUUCCCGACCCUCGGAUCCCCCUCUGCCAUUGAGAUGGGCAAUUUUGGAGAUCGGCCGGCAGCAGCUGGGCUGAUGGGUCAACAGUCUACAUAUGGCGCUCCUCGGUUUGGACCCGCUGGCAUGGGCGACCAUCUCUCCCCAGCACCAUCGAUGCUACUCGACCCGCACCAUCAGCCGUCAGCAUCAGGGUUCCGGUCAACGCACCGCGCUAAUCCGUAUCCGCGCUACAGGGCCUCACGACCACCUCCCACCAUCUCCGACCCCAUUGAAGAUGAAGAUCCUCCGGCGGGCAAAGGUCGUGGUGCAGUUAAAUCGUCGCCCGGGGUCGGGUCGAGCGGGGGUGGCAUACUCACCAGUGAUAGUAACCUGGGGGAGUCAUGGCGGAUGAACCUGGUAGGCGAUGAGGUCGAAGAAGAAGACGAGGGCGGCGAGAAUGUCGACGCCCUGGCUGGCGGGGCGGGUGUUCUGGGGCUCAUCCAGCAGUUUCAGAAAGUUAACCAGGACAAUCGGGGACGGACGACAGUUGGUAUAUAAUUAGAAUAAAUGGCGAUGGUGUCAGGUUUCAGUCGCCUCUACGGUGCACAUGGUUACGGUAGGGAGUCCUGAUUACCUGGAAAGCCUUGGGAAUCCUGGCCCAGACAGCCCACUGGAAAAGGCAGUCAUUCAGUCAUACGCCAAUAGAAGGAUAUUGUAUGUAGAGUGAAGGAUAGGCUAGCCACGCUAGUGAUCACACCUGCAGCAAUGGUUAGUAGUACUAAAGUUUACAAUGGUUUUGUCCAGCUGAUUUAUUCUGUCGGGGUGUAUGCAUGAUAGUCUAGUCCCGGCUAAAUGGAAGGUAGUAAAGAAAAGGACCAGGGUCUUGUCUGUCUGACCGGACCUUUGCCCCGAUUCAUCCAAGAACCAAACCUUUUUUUCC